AUGGCGCUGGACAUGCAGAGCAACUGGACUGUCCGGAUGGAAAAGAAUCUUGAUUAUGUCACCAGUGGCGGGCGUAAGAACAACGACGAUGUGUCCAACGAUCAUCAACCCCCGAAAGUGGACGAGAAGCCCAGAGUAUGGACGAGCCCAGCUGUAUAUCUUCCGGACGAAGUGAUCAUACAAAUCCUGGAGUAUGUCUCCCACUUCAAGGAAUCACAAUACACACUGGCAUCAUGUUGCCGCUUAUCGGGACAAUGGUAUUCAGCGGCUGUGCCCAUGCUCUAUGCAAGUCCGCAUCUCUACGGGAAGAACUUCGAUCCGUUCGUGCAGACCGUCGUGCCGUCCAAGAACCUCCACGUCCGGAAGAGUAUCCUUGCCAAGCUGGUGAAAGUCCUCGAUAUGCGGGGCCUCGUGCACCAAGGGAGCAAGUCUACGACCGCACGACUAUUAGGGAGGACGAAGGAGAAUCUGGAAGCAUUCGUUGCGCCGGUAGCGACAUUCGGCGAUAACUGUCUGGCACCACUAUCGAAAUGUCCGAACCUACGGCUACUGGACCUAGCUAUGGUGUCGGAAUCACCCUCACUAUCACGACUCCUCCAAACAGUCUCUCACAUCCAAAGCCUCACAACAUUCCGCCUCCCCCGCUCCGCCGGUUUUCACGGCCAAGUCACACCCGGCUCAGUGACCUGGCCACCACGCCUAGAAAAUCUCAGCCUAAGCGGCGGCAUCGAUGCACACUUUAUGCACGGCAUCGUCGCAUUACCUCCAACCCUACGAAGCCUGACUAUCGAACACUGUCCAGCGGCAAAGGGAUUUGCAUUGAUGCACCUCCUCCGCACAGCAGUCCAACCACUCCCCGAACUGGAAAUCCUGCGCCUCGCCAACCUCCCACGACUCGGCACCACAGCUCUCGAUAGCGUUCUGGUGGUACUUCCCGGCCUAACGAAACUCAGCGUCAGCGUCGACUACAUCUCCCCAAUCCUCUUCGAUCUGGAUGUAGGCAGCCACAAAGAAGCUGUCGAGUACAUUCCCUGCCUCCCCCAUUCCGCAAGCCUCCCAACCCGGCACAGAUGGACUCCCGGGCGCGUGUGCGAUCUUCGAACGCUGGAGCUGACGAAUAGUGGCAAUCCCGGUAUCGAGGACAAGAUCUCACCAAUUGAUGUGAUGAUUGCAUUGGAUGAGGGAACUUUACCACAUUUGCGGCAGGUGAGGGUUGCGAAGAGUUUGCUGUGGCAUACGUCCUCUACGGCCGACGAUUUGGAUGCUUUAUCGGAUGCGUUGAAGGAGUCGGCGGUCCAGCAGGGUGACGCGGAGAGUGCGAUGGGGGUGUGGACUUUCGAUGGAUGA